GCGAAGACGGAAGCGAGCAAGGCAGAGGUGUGCGAGGCCAACACGACCUCGGGGUUCUGGCUGGUGAAGAGUGAGCCGGACGAAUAUUCCAUCGAGGAGUUGAAGAGACAGCCUGACGGCAUCGGCUUCUGGGAUGGAGUCAGGAACUACGUCGCCAGAAACAACAUGCAGAAGAUGAAGGUCGGGGACAUGUGCUUCUACUACCACAGCAGCUGCAAGGUCCCCGGCAUAGUCGGGCUGGCCAAGGUUGCCUCCACGGCUCGGGUUGACCCGACUGCGCUGGACCCGAAGCACAAGUACUACGAUCCUAAGAGUGAUCCUGCGAAGCCCAGGUGGUACGGGGUUGACCUGCAGUACGUGCGAGACUUCAAGAGGAUGGUAACCCUGGCGGAGCUCAAGACUUACAGGUCAGGUGGAAGAGCAGCUGAGAACCUCGCUGACGUGCUGGCCAGGAUGGAUCUGUUCAACAAGGCUCGGCUGAGCGUUCAGGCGGUCAGCAAGGAUGAAUGGGAGCACAUCAUGAGGUUGGAGGAGGAAGAG